AUGUUUCGGCCCAAGAUCCACCCACGUACACUAGCGGUUAUGCCGCAAGAUCGCCAGUGGGCUCUACUGGCAAAUGAUAAGAGGGAACCUCAGACUUCCAGAUCAGUUUCCGAUUUCCUGAAUCAAAGAUCCGAGACUACAAAGACGAUCUGGAUUAUAUCCAGUGUGCCCAUGGAAGGGCUUCUUGAGGCAUCAGACGCCAAUGCGCUCACCGGCCCUGAGUACGUUACGGCUCUACAGCCUCUCUUGAAGUCGGCCAGAUCGGCCUCACGGGAGCUAAAAGCCCUCUCACGUCAACGCGAGAUACUCGGAGAAGGUCUUGAAGAGCAAGUGAUGGUCAAGCGACAGCGGCAAGGAGAGCUAGAUGUCGAAAUACUGGAGAGAGCGUACAUCGAUACCAUACCACCAAAGGUUAUGUUGGCCACGGCUAAACUGCUCAAGAACAAAAAGUUUGAUCCCGCGAAUAUCAAACCAGCCCAGCUAGUUCUAAAACGCCUCAGCGGUGAUGGGAUUGCGCACCUAUUUGGGGUGGAAACGCUCUUGUUAUCCGACACAAGCAAUGGCAACUACUCAUUACCAACUACUCAUUACCCUCAGACCGAUCCAGAUUGGGCUCCUUCGCGUUGGAAAUGUGUGUUGACGGAUGAAGCCAUCCGCCACCUUACGGCGAUUACAACGCCCAGUCGUUCCUGGAGAUGGAACGAGCUUGAGUUUCGUUCUGAUGCCAGACCCGCAAAGCGCUUUUUGUACUUUCGCUUCAUUGUCACAUACAUCUUUUGCAAGAAUCGAGGUCAAGUCACAUUCACGGACAAGGUUGAGGCGGCCCACCAAUUCUGGCCAACACCAGGCCCUUAUCUCAGAAAGGCAAUGCUGCGGACGUUGGCCAGAAACAUUUCAGGUCACCAGCUACCCGAGAACAUGGUGGAAGACCAGACUUUCGAGGAUUUGGAGCACGUUGAGGGAGAGGCCCAGUUUAUAUAG